UUACCACAACUUUUUUCCAUAGGAGUCAUUUUUUUCUUAAAGGAUAAGGGUCUUACAGUUUUAUUUCACAACGUAGUGAAAAGAAUAAAAUGGUGUUUGUUGUAUAAAUGUUUUUUUUUAUGCUGGAGGUGGGAGGUAAUUCCUUAAAAAUAAUGUUAUGGUGCAGAAAACCGUAAUAGCCUACAUUUUUAUUAUACAAACUAUAUUUUUCCGUCUCGUGAAAUAUGAAUUCAACAUUUAUUAUACCAUGCAGCCACUCUUACGCAAAUUAGAUUUUUCAUUCACAUAUUGUGAUUUAUCUAUGUGUGGAACUGUCUCAGAGACGUCCAUUUGAGCAUGCGCAUAACAUUACGUCAGUCAUGUUUGCAUCUUCCGUUGGCUGCUUAAUGCAAAGGACAGGUGCAUUCAUUUCAAUGUUGAUCCAAGAAGUUGUUAUAUAGGUAGUUGGCAACAUUAUUUAAUCAUGUUUAGAGAAAUGAAGAAUUAUUUACCAUACGCGAGCAUUUUCAGUGUCUCAUUUACGCUUGUGUACGCUUCACAGUCACGGGUGGCAUUUAGAAAUCCCUCGAGGGAUCCGACUUCAAAAUUAAACGAGAGUUUUGAAACUUCUUUUCACGAAACUGAUCUUAAACGCCCUGAUUCGCCUUAUUUACAACUUCCAAUAUUCCAGCAUUCUCGAGUACCUCUUCUGGAUAAAGAGCAGUUUUCUCCCGCGCAUGGAUCGGGUCGGGAGGAACUACCAGAAGGCACGAAAAAAGUUCUCAUCCCUCCAGCCGGUGACACCCAACAAGCGCCCCAUCGCAGCGGUCGAUCGCACGGAAUUAACGUCGCUUGUUACUUGAAGAAAAUGGUUGUUCAAGUUAACAAACAGAUUUUAGGACCCGAAGGCCUUGAGGGCAAAUUAAAGCUGGGGACGUGUGACAUCAGCAAGACUACGAGGAAAUAUCAUCUGUUUAUUUACGACAUGGAUCAGUGUGGCAGUAAGAGGAAGUUGAUCAAAAAUAGAGUUGCUUAUUCCAACGUACUGCACUACUUUCCAGAGAUUUCCCAGGGUCCAAUUCGCCGUGCCAUGCCUUUCUCGAAUGAAAUUGAGUGUCACUUUAACAGGUAUCAUUACUCAUACAAAAUUGGUUUCACACCCCAAGUAGAAUAUCAGGGCUACUUCAGACCCCUGAAAACAACGGACAGUGUUGUGCUCACGCCCCGUGAUGCUAUGUGGAAACGGUUGUCACCCACUGACGCUUACACCAUUGGUGACUCCAUGUACUUUCAGGCAGACGGUCCCACUCUUGCUGAGGAGGAGAGGCUUUUCGUGGAUUCCUGCUAUGUGACUUCUGACAUUUCUCAUUUGUCCAUGCCUCGAUAUACAGUCAUUGAAAACCACGGGUGCAUGACUGAUAGUAAGAGCAGUAGAUGGUCCAGAUUCAUACAAAGUGAAGAACGGAACAUUGUGCAGUUUUCUUUGGAGGCUUUUCUGUUCCGUGGGAUGAUUGGAAAGCAUCUCUACAUGCAUUGUGACAUUUAUGUGGGAGGUAUAAAUCCAACAUCAAGUUCAAAGUUGUGCACCUACAACCAGGCAACAAAACUAUGGGAAGAGUUAUACGGUGUAAAUUCUGUGUGCUCGUGCUGCGACACCAACUGUUCUGAUCUGUCCGUGACCAGCAAAGUGAUAUCCAGUGAUGUCUGGACCGCGGAAUCGGAUUUCAAAAUUCUCGAGGAAGAACAAACAUCAACUUUAAUCCCUACAACUUCAGUAGAGUUGGAUGAUGGGAUGGUCCAAACAAUAGCCACGUUGGCGCCUGAUGCAGGCCAACAUAAUUAUGUGACCGGAGUGGCUGUGAUGGAGAAAGAAGAUGAAUCUGUUGAGCCACGCAGAAUAUUUGAGGAGGUAUUUGGACUGGACUGAACAAAGAGCAUUUCAGGUCAAGAUUGAAACAUUUGAUUUAAUAAUUUAAUUGCACUUGAAAUAAUAAUCACAGCAUGCACUGAGAAAUCCUUUAGAUUGAGGUAAUGUCGUAGGAUCUUCUAAUUGCUUUUUUGCACUCUGACCUCUGACUCGUGUCUCGCACCUUGUAAGGUAUUUCUAGUUGUAUUAGGAGUCUAAUGUAUUAAGUUAUCUCCAUCCUAAAGUUUGAUUGAGCAAUAAUUAAAAAUGGAGAAUUUAUGUUGGUCUUAUUCAAAUCUUAAAAUAAAUGAAAUUAAUAAUGAAA